CUCUGGCUCAAUUGUUGCCAGUCUCUUCACUUGUUGAGAGCAGCUCAGUCUGCAGCCCACCUGCUGAAGCCUUUCUCGAAUAACACUCUCUUGAUCACUGAAGGAGCGCUUGCGGAACAGGAGUCAUUGCAGCGGUUUUUCUGGGAAACCAACUGAAAUCAAGACGCAAUGCAGGGGAAUGAGAAAGCUGUGGAUGGCGGUCUGCUGCCCGAUGCGAACGGAAAAGAUCCAACCCCGCCUGGACAGACAGAGGGCUCCAAGUGGCAGAAACCUCGAAUCACACGGAAAUCUCUGAUGAAGUGUUGCCUUGUCAAGUGGAUUAUCGCCAGCACCAAGCAACAAGGGCCAGAUCAUGACAUCUGUGAUGGCGACUUCGAGCUCUCCACGGUGCGUCACCAACCUGAGGGCCUCGACCAGCUCCAAGCCCAGACUAAGUUCACUAGGAAGGAGCUUCAGUCACUCUACAGAGGCUUCAAAAACGAAUGUCCCAGUGGGCUCGUGGAUGAGGAAACUUUCAAGAUUAUUUACUCACAGUUCUUCCCUCAAGGAGAUGCAACCACCUAUGCACAUUUCUUGUUCAACGCUUUUGACAGUGACCGCAGUGGCUCCAUCCGCUUUGAGGACUUUGUGAUAGGGUUGUCUGUGUUGCUCAGAGGCUCUGUUACAGAGAAACUGAGAUGGGCGUUCAACCUGUAUGACAUCAACAAAGACGGCUAUGUUACCAAAGAGGAAAUGAUGGCAAUAAUGACGUCUAUUUAUGACAUGAUGGGCAGGUAUACUUUACCUAGUGUACGAGAUGAUUCACCGACUGAGCAUGUGGAGAGAUUCUUCCAGAAGAUGGAUCGAAACAGAGAUGGAGUGGUGACAAUCGACGAAUUCAUAGAAACCUGCCAAAAGGAUGAAAAUAUAAUGGCCUCCAUGCAGCUCUUUGAAAACGUCAUCUAGUUCCCGCUAAUGGAUGUGGAUCCGUGAAACUGCACAGUGCUUCCAGCUGCAAGCUUCCAAGCUUGAAAUAACUUUAUUCAUCCUGAAAAGGAAAAUGUGGGUCGUGCAACACAUGUGACACAAAACUGGCGACCACUUUUUUUGUUCCCUGUUGAGCUGUUCUAUGCAGAGAGAUGCGUAGAACUCACCAAAUCACCUGAACAAGACUUACUUCUCUGCAUGACAGUUUAAGUUUUGUGUUUUGCACAUAAAGAAAAUGUGAAUAAAGAUGUCAUCAUUGCCAGAUCAGCAUGAGUGUUUGCCAAACAUUUAAAAGCAUGUGAUGCAAACCACUUUGAACAAACAAGUUCAGUGUUGACUUCUUUAGCCAAUGAAAAUUUGAUUUCUUACUGUAUAUUAAUGUAAAGAAAAGAGUUGUGUUUCUCUAAAUUGUGUGUAAAUGUCAUACCAAGUCAUUGUCAUGUUGAUCUAAAAUAUGAAAUAAAUAUAAACCUUCACACACUGA